CAAUAGCCAAUACUCCCUCCAACAGCAAGUAUCAAGAAAGAUUUUCUGAACAGAACCCGCCCGUUCUCCUUUCAUCAGCACCAAGAAACUCGACGCAGUAAUGGACAAUCCAAUAAUCGUGCCGGAAGGAACCGCCGGAAAAGUCAUAAAAUGCAAAGCCGCGGUGGCAUGGAGACCCUGGGAGCCGCUGACGAUUCAAGAGGUGGAGGUGGCGCCGCCGCAGAAAUUGGAGGUUCGGGUCAAGAUUCUCUUCACUUCCCUUUGCUCCGGUGACGUUUUAGCCUGGGUUUCCGAGGGUCCAUUGUUCCCCAGGAUUCUUGGACAUGAAGCAACUGGGGUUGUGGAGAGCGUGGGAGAGGGAGUGACAGAAGUCGUCCCGGGGGACAAAGUAAUGAUGGUUUACACUGGGGAAUGUGGAGAAUGUGCCCACUGCAAAUCUGAAGAGAGCAAUUUGUGCAGUCUUCUCAGGCACAAGACUAACAAGGGAGUGAUGAUCCAGGACAAUACAUCUCGCUUUUCAACCGAAGGAACUCCGAUUUAUCAUUUUGCAGGGGCGUCCACAUUCGUCGAAUACACCGUGGUUCAUGCUGGUUGUGUUGUUAAACUCAAUCCCCUUGCUCCUUUGGAAAUGGUUUGUGCAUUAAGCUGUGGGGUUGUUGCAGGUUUGGGUUCUGUCCUUAAUGUUGCCAAACCGAAAGAAGGCUCUUCCGUGGCCAUUUUUGGCCUUGGAGUAACAGGACUUGCAGCUGCAGAAGGAGCCAGAAUAGCCGGGGCUGCAAGGAUCAUAGGCAUUGAUGAAGAUCCUAACAGACGCGCAAGGGCGCCCGAUUUUGGUGUCAACUGCACUCUCAACCCUUCGCUUUAUACUGUGGCGAUUAAAGAUGUCAUUGGUGGCAUGACCGGUGGAGGGGUGGACCGAAGCAUUGAGUGCAGUGGUGACCCAAGAUACAUUCUCUCUGCAUUCGACUGCCUUCACACAGGAUGGGGCGUUGCGGUUCUGAACGUUGUGUCGCGAACUGGGGAUGAGUUUAGGACUGACCCAAUGAAUUUCAUGGGGGAGAAGACACUUAAGGGCUGCUUCUUUGGGAACUACAAACCGCGGUCCCAUCUUCCUUUGCUUGUGGACAUGAUCAUGAACCAGGAACUUGAUCUGGCCAAGUUUGUGACUUAUAGGUUUGCUUUUGAUGAGAUUAAGGAGGCCUUCAAGCUGGCUUGUUUGGGAAUAACGUUAGAGUUUAGCGUUAUUUGGGUGAUUAUAGUAUUGGAGAAUAGGCCCCAUGUUGCCUGGAUUCACUAUUACUUGCUGGCCACCCUGCUGUUGAAGGCACUGAACUUAUACUGUGAAGCUCUGCAAAAAUGGCACAUAGACCGGUCCGGGUCACCCACAAUGUGGCUGGAUGCUUUGUUCUACGCAUCCAGUCUGCUGAGGGCAAUCUCUUUCUACACCGCGGUGCUUGUGAUCGGAUACACCCAGUGGCAGAUUUUGAGGCCGCGAUUCCGACUUCGGGCAAGGGACAAGGGUGUUUUGGCCAUUUUGGUUUCGCUGCAACUGGUGGCGAAUGCAGCCCGCGUGAUGAGUGACAAGGCAGCUGGCUUGUAUGGCGAAACCUGGUGGCUGCCCGUGUUUGCGUUUGUGAACUGUGUCUCUCUGUGGCUGUUGGUGUUCUCUCUUUGGUCUGCGCUGAGGAACCUGCUGAGAGUCCGGACCCAUAAGAGGGCUACGGUUGUGUUGAAGAAGUAUGAGCUCUUCCGUCACUACUUCACUGUGGUGGUGGUAUACAUUCUGUUCGGUCCCAUAUUGGAGUAUUUGCUCCUGGUCUUUUCUUCUUCUCGCGAGUAUUAUUGGCUUAUUUCCGUGGCUUUGGAGUCGGUCACACUUGCAUUUUAUGCCUAUACUGGAUACCUGUUCGCUCCCAGGAAAAGCAGUCCUCAUCAUCAUCACCACCAGUGCUUGCUGAGGGAGGAUGAAGAAGCCGCCGCGGCUAUAAGGUUGGGUGAAGAAGAAGAUGAUUAUGCCAGACUAUUCUCUCUGGUGUGAAGCUAGCUUUGGCACUUCUGUUAAUAAUUUAUGACUUACUUA